GAUUUCCCUUCCGGACAAACCGCUGAGCGACGGAAGUUCAUUUCGUAUGCUGAAUGGCAGUUGCUGUCGCGCCAACUAAACUUCUAAAAUAUAAUCCGUUGUCGAAUCAGUCGCAAAGUUUAGAAUCAAGAGCGAAUCCACGCGGUUCAGGUCGGUCGGUGAACGUUCAUCUUUAUCAAAGACUGUGUAUACAACUAGAGCUGUGCGUCUCUAACACUCAGCAGUUCACAAAAAUUAUCCAUUUUAACACUAAGCGCUGAUCUAAACGCCUGGUUGAAUUGUGUAUGAAACAUUUAAGUGCAGUUUUGUAAUUAAAACAAAAAAUAUUUAAAGAUCUCAACUUGUAUCACUAAUAUUAAUUAGCACUCUUUUGUGCUUUCGUUUGUUCGAUAAUUACUUUUCUUUCGGCUAACGACCGGUUUCGCUACGAGACGUGUUUCAAAUCAGCUACUUUUGUGUUUGUUAUUGUCUUUUUUUAGAAUAUGUUUUUUCAAAAAUUUGCGCGCAAACAUGUGAUAUUAUUGUUGAGCAUUUUUGCUGCAAUAGCUGUAAUUGUGAUUUAUUUGUACACCACGGCUGGCGAGCACGGAGAAACUGAUAAGAGGAUAAAUGAUGGUAAUUGUCCCACAGUGUCGGUGAACACCUCAAACUCCACGCUGAAGCUGUUGCAUAUUGUAGUUCGUCAUGGCGCCCGCACACCGAUUAACACCUAUCCGAAUGAUCCCCAUGUAAACGAUACAUUUCAUCCUACUGGUUGGGGUCAAGUAACCAAUAAAGGUAAAGUCGAAUUAUAUCAUCUUGGAGAAUGGCUACGCAGGCGUUAUAGUGAAUUUAUGGAACCGCACUAUUCUCCUGAUUAUGUUUACGCUCAAUCAACUGCAACAGGUCGUACGCUGAUGUCUCUUUCCACUGUACUCGCCAGUUUCUUUGCACCACGCGGUACCGAUAUGGAAUGGAAUACCGAAUUCAAUUGGCAGCCAAUACCGAUUUUCUCAGAGCCAUUGGAGGAGGACUCGCUACUUUUUGUUCUCAAACCCUGUCCACGUUUUUUCGAGGCACGUGAAGAAGUAUUUCAAUUGCCGGAAGUGAAAGCUGAAUUGGCGCAACACGAAGCCCUGUUUCGAAACUUGACCGAACUAACUGGAGAGCCCAUUGAAAGUGUUAAUGAUGUGAAUUCCCUCUUUAUUAAUCUGUUAGCUGAGCAAGAGUUUGGUUACACCCUACCAGCCUGGACGAAAGAUUACUAUCCAGAAAAAAUGCAAAUUUUAGCCGAGCAGAGUUUUAUAUACAAUGCCUACACCAGAGAAAUGCAAAAGAUUAAAGGCGGUCCCUUCCUUAAGAAGACGUUUGCGGAGAUGUUGAAGAAGCGUAACGGCAAGCUUAGCCCCAGCAAUCGUAAGCUGUUCAUCUAUGGUGCCCAUGAUUGGACGGUGGGUUCCAUACUGGCGUCGUUGAAUCUGUGGAAGGGUCAAAUGUUGCGCUUUGCAGUUACACUUAUUUUCGAGUUGCACCAAAACCAGCAAACCGGAGAGUACUACGUUGAGAUUUAUUUGCGAAAUAAUGAGGACGGUUGUGCUGAGCUAUUGUCUGUGCCGAAUUGUGGCACUCAAUGCCCGUUAGAUAGGUUAAUUGACUUGAGCGCUGACAUCAUACCAAAUGAAACGCAUGAGGAGCGUUGCAAGGCGAAAAAUCCCGCCUUCGUUGAGCUACCAAAGCUACCGGUGGAACAUGGUUUAAAACUACUUAAUAUGUUUUUUCAAAAAAUUACGCGCAAACAUGUGAUAUUAUUGUUGAGCAUUUUUGCUGCAGCGGCUGUAAUUUUAAUUUAUUUUUACACCACCGCUGGCGGGCGCGGAGAGGCUGAUAAGUGGAUAAACGAUGCUAAUUGUCCAACAGUGUCGGUGAACACCUCGAACUCAACGCUGAAGCUGUUGCAUAUUGUAGCUCGUCAUGGCGCCCGUGCUCCGGUGAACACCUAUCCGAAUGACCCCUAUGUGAACGAUACAUUUCAUCCUACUGGUUGGGGUCAAGUAACCAAUAAAGGAAAAGUCGAAUUAUACCAUCUUGGAGAAUGGCUAAACAGGCGUUAUGGUAAAUUUAUGGAACCGCACUAUUCUCCCGAUUAUGUUUACGCUCAAUCAACUGCAUCAAGUCGUACGCUGAUGUCUCUUUCCACCGUACUCGCCAGUUUCUUUGCACCACGCGGUACCGAUAUGGAAUGGAAUACCGAAUUCAAUUGGCAGCCAAUACCGAUUUUCUCAGAGCCAUUGGAGGAGGACUCGCUACUUUUGGUUCUCAAACCUUGUCCACGUUUUUUCGAGGCACGUGAAGAAGUAUUUCAAUUGCCGGAAGUGAAAGCUGAAUUGGCGCAACACGAAGCCCUGUUUCGAAACUUAACCGAACUAACUGGAAAGCCCGUUAAAAGUGCUGAUGAUGUGAAUUCCCUCUUUAUUACUCUAUUAGCUGAGCAAGAGUUUGGUUACACCUUACCAGCAUGGACGAAGGACUACUAUCCAGAAAAAAUGCGAUUUUUAGCCGAGCGGAGUUUUAUAUACAAUGCCUACACCAGAGAAAUGCAAAAGAUUAAAGGAGGUCCCUUCCUUAAGAAGACUUUUGCGGAGAUGUUGGAGAAACGUAACGGCAAGCUUAGCCCCAGCAAUCGUAAGCUGUUCAUCUAUGGUGCCCAUGAUUGGACGGUGGGUUCCAUACUGGCGUCGUUGAAUCUGUGGAAAGGUCAAAUGUUGCGCUUUGCAGUUACACUUAUUUUCGAGUUGCACCAAAACCAGCAAACCGGAGAGUACUACGUUGAGAUUUAUUUGCGAAAUAGUGAGGACGGUUGUGCUGAGCUGUUGUCUGUGCCGAAUUGUGGCACUCAAUGCCCGUUAGAUAGGUUAAUUGACUUGAGUGCUGACGUCAUACCAAAUGAAACGCAUGAGGAACGUUGUAAGGCGAAAAAUCCCGCCUUCGUUGAGCCACCAAAGCGACAGGUGGAACAUGGUUCAAAGAAAUUUCGUAUAAAAGUAAAAUCUGAAAUGUCGCGCACACAUUUCUCUAAUAAACAUCGUCUAGCAAUGGCUGGCGCAGCGGUGGCGGUUGUACUUUUAAUCUUAUGUUUGCUCAGUUCAAACGCUUAUUCAUUCGUUGCCAUAGACAAAGCUGAUGCUGAUACUUUGGAAUUAUUACAUGUGGUUUUCCGACACGGACCACGAACACCCGCAGACACAUAUCCAAAUGACCCACAUAUUAACCAGACAUUCGCGCCGUUCGGAUGGGGGCACAUAACCAAUAAUGGCAAGCGUGAGCUAUUUGGCAUUGGAACGUGGCUGCGCAAGCGUUACGCAGACUUCAUGGCGCCAUACUACAGUCCAGACUUGGUGCAUGCACAAGCGACGGGGGUUGCACGCACCCAUAUGACCCUACAAAUGGUGAUGGCGAGUUUCUUUCCACCAAAAGAUACGCCCAUGGAAUGGAAUCCGAAAUAUAAUUGGCAACCAGUGCCGAUAUUUUCACAACCACUCAAUGAGGAUUCGUUGCUGUUGGUGCGUACGCCUUGUCCGCGUUAUUUUGAGGCUUUAGGUGAAGUGCUAGAGUUGCCACAAGUAAAGGACGAAAUCGAACCAUACCUCGCUAUACUACGCGAGUUAUCCCACUUAACUGGUAUGAAUAUAACACAACCGGAAGACGUGCAAUCGCUUUACCUAACACUUUUAGCUGAGCAAGAAUUCGGUCUACGACUACCGGAAUGGACGAAAAACUACUUCCCUCAGCAAAUGCAGUACCUAACCGAUCAAAGUUAUAUUUACAAUGUUUACACGCCGGAGAUGCAGAAGAUAAAAGCCGGUCCAUUUUUGAAGAAAAUGUUCACUGAAAUGUUGGAAAAACGUGAUGGUAAACUGAGUCCGCGUGAUCGGAAAUUGUUUAUUUACACAGGUCACGAUACGACAGUGGUCAAUAUACUGGCGAGUCUGAAAAUAUGGAAGCGUCAAUUGCCACGUUACUCGGUGAUGACGAUUUUUGAAUUGCACAAGAAUAAGAGUACCGGAGAGUAUUACGUAGAGGUUUACUUUAGAAGUAGUGCCAAAGCGCCAGUUGAGAAACUGACAGUACCAGGCUGUGAUUUCCAGUGCCCCUUAGACAAAUUAAUUGAAUUAAGUGGUGAUGUUAUACCGACGGAAACAUAUGAUGCCCGUUGCGCCUCAAAAAAUGAGGGUUUUACAGAGCCACCGCUCAAAGGACCUUAAGUGAUAUAUCUUAAGUAAAAAAGUAUUUUUUUUUUAAUACGGCUAGUAUAAAUUGUAAUAUUUUAUUUAUUGCACAGAAACUGCAUUUUUAAUUAAUUUUAAGUACAUAAAUGAAACAUUUAUAUGUGUCAAAUAAACUAAUUUAUAGAUAAUUAUAAAGAAA